GAUCUGAAAGGAAACACAGUAGCAAGUAGACACACACAGAAAUACACAACCACGUAAACAUACGCGCACAGAAGCUUUGUGUAACUUUUUAAGAGGGACUUCUUUUUUUUUUUUUAACUGAUUCGCUUAAAGACCUUUUUUUUUUUUUGUUUUCCUCAAGUGGAACCAAACUGACAGUUAUGAGUCUUAUAGAAGACAGCAAGUCACGAGUCUAAGACCAAAGACUUAAAGGAUUAAAAUGAUUUCACGCAGUUUCGUGCUGAUAAUUUGUUUUGUAGUUUGUUUGCGCUUUGGGUCAUUACGGGCGUUCUCAAUAUCAGAGGAGACUGACCUCAGGUCUAAUCUGUUGGAGAACUACACCUACACAAUACGUCCCGAGGCAACUGUGAAAGUCAGUUUGUCGUUUCAAGCCAUCGCCAUAACCUCAGUAGAUAUAAAGGACCAACAGUUUGGAAUAUCAGGAUGGUGGCUAAUGACAUGGUCAGAUACUCGACUAAUGUGGGCGCCUGGAAGUUAUGGCGGUAUCCCAAUUCUACAAUUCAAAAACGACCAAAUCUGGACACCUGCUUUAGUUGUAGAUAACUCGGUCAAUGAUUUAUCGGCGAUACACGAGGACACGAUCCCACUCCGAGUGGAUUCAAAAGGAAAGGUCACCUGGAACCCCCCUGCACUGCUGACUGUUUCCUGCACCAUGGACAUUACUUACUUCCCUUUCGAUACCCAGACCUGUGCUUUACAAGUGACCAGUUUUGGUUAUACUAUACAGGAGCUGUCAAUAUUUGUAUAUGGUAGUGGCGUCGUCCUGUCCUAUUUCUCCCCUGAUGGUGAGUGGAGACUUCUAGACAACUGGACAGACAGAAAAAUAUUUACUGAAGAUAAUUAUGAAUACUCUAAGGUGUAUUACUACUUCAGUAUCAAGAGAAGACCACUCUACUACGGAUUGAACUAUCUGCUUCCGGUACUUAUUACCUCCCUGCUGACUAUUUUCGUCUUUGUGCUACCUGCUGAGUCAGGGGAGAAAAUUGGCUACUGCUUGACCGUUCUCCUGGGCUACAUGGUCAUCCUGACAUUGAUAGCCGCUGAUCUUCCUACCACUGCGGAGUACACUUCGAUAUUAGAGCUCUACAUAGCAGUGGUUCUCAUCAUGGGAGGGCUGUCUGUCAUACUGUCCAUAUACGUGCUGGAGCUGCACCAUCGCCCAGACGACCAGCCCAUUUCAAACUUCACGCGCAGGAUGACAAUGUUCGGGAUGCGCCUGUGCUGCUACGAAGGAUGCUGCGUUAAAAAAGUGUCACCGACGGAAUACGAUUCCAGCAACGAAACAAAAGACAAAGCCCACUACAAACCAGUUAGGGCAAUGAAGAAAAGCACCUACCCUGCUCAUUGCUUUCUGCAGGUCACACAGUUAAUGAAUCAAUCGUACCAGGUGAAGAGUUCAGGAACUGAAAAAUUGGAAAGCAGUGGCCUGACCAUGAGGUCGCCAUGGGUCAAGCAGCACAGUUACAUGGGGCUCCGCCCAGCCACCCCCAUGUCCACCCCUGAGGAGCAAUCCCGUGGCGUGGAGGUCACGUGGCAGACGGUGGCCUACGUCCUGGACGGUGUUUUGUUAAGAAUCUAUCUGCUGGCCGUCAUCGUCUGUAGCUGUGUGUUUUUGGCCAUUCUGUGUACACAUUAAAGUGACCUAUAGGUACACAUUAAAGCAGGGGUUCUCAACCUGUGGGACGCGACCCCUUUGGGGGUCGAUUGACUAUUUGCCAGGGGUCGCCUAAGACCAUCGAAAAAAAUGUUUUUUUUUUGUUCUAUUCUUCUAUUGCUGUGGGGGGGGGGGUCACCGCAGAGUGGGGGAUUGUAAAAAGGGGGUCGCCGAGCCUAAAAGGUUGAGAACCGCUGCAUUAAAGUGAUACACAUUAAAGUGACGUCUAAUGUACACAUUAAAGUGAACCUCUGAAGUAGACAUUCAAUAAACUUCUGUUUCUGUUAGAUUUCAGUAACGUUAAUCUCGAUGAUAACAUGUAAUAGGAAACCAGGGUUCAAUAGUUAUUGCACAAAAAAAGGAUGAAGAAAAUAUGGUUAAAUAUAGAUGUCAGAUUGUAGCCUUGAACCUAGCCCGUUGUUAUGCGAUGUAGCGAGAUCGGAGAUUUGUGGUUCGAAUCUACAUCGAAGAUUAUAUUUGUUUAAUCAUAUUUUCUUCACUUUCUUCUCUCAAUAACUAGUUUACCCUAGUGCCUCUAUUCUAUGUUCAUGUCAUGUUGAAUGAUCGAUUCGUUUAUGUUUCAUUAUUGUUAAUCUUACUCUUAUACAUCUGUUUUGUUUAAUGUAUUUGUUUUAACGCUUUCCACAAAUAUCAAGAUACGACUCAAUUGUUCAAAAGCUAUCUAAAUUACACACACACACCAAGGCCGUCCUUAAGCAUAAUCAAACUCGGCAGCCGCCUUGGGCCUCCGAUGGGCCUCGUAGAGGACUCGAAACAAUUUUUUUCAGAAGAAAUGACGAAACUUGACCUCAAUGUUAUUUUUAGAAAUACACGAAUGGCGAUGUCUUCAAUUCCAAUGAUUGAUAACGAGUACAGUUUAGUUUUUUACUAAAUUUUGUAAUUAGUUCUUUUUUUUUUUUAUUUUUCUAUUUUAUUCAGAGCCACCAAAUUCACUUUGACUAGGGACUCCAAUUAUCUAAGGCCGGCCCUGCACACACGCACAAACAUAUGCACUUUUUGUAUUUUAAAUCAUAAUAAAAAAAAUAUAUAAAUUUAAUUUAUAAGUUAUUAUUAUUAAUUAAUAAACUUGUACUAUGUUUCCAUGA